AUCGGAUCAAUGAUUGAUGAGCAGACAAAAGCGGUUUGACUCCAUUCUCAUCUUUCUGCAUUUCAUUCACAUCUCUGGAUUCUGGAUUCCCUUUUGCCAUUUGAAACAACUGGGGAUUGCUUCUUGCACAUGGGCCAAACCCUUAUCAUCUCCGCAAGAUCAUCCUCUUCCUCGUUGAUCUAUGGCCUAUCCUCCUCUUCUUAGUCCUGCUGCUGUUACUAUCGCUGCUCUCUUCACAUUUCUGCUCACUCCUUUUCAUCUCCUCCUCAUCUUCCUCCAUUCCCUCUUAUAGCGUGAAGAUCGGAGUUUUAGAACCGACUUCACUCUCAAAUCUGGUUAGGGUUGCCUGCUCGUUGUAGUCCGAUUUGAAAAUAGUUUUAGUGUUGUUGUUGUUACCCGUGGAAAAUGGCGUCGGUGUUUGUAUACCAUGUGGUGGGGGAUCUGACGGUUGGGAAGCCGGAGCUGGUGGAGUUCACGGAGACGGAGACGGUGGAGGCGGCGAUUCAGGCGAUUGGGGAGUCCACUGAGUGUGGUAUUCCGGUGUGGAAGAAGAGAUCUCAGAAGAGUGUGAUUGAGAAGGCGGGGAUGAGGCAGCAGAGGUUUGUCGGCAUUCUUAAUUCCCUAGACAUUAUUGCCUUUUUGGCUAGAGAGGACUGCUUGGCCGAUCAGGAGAAAGCAAUGAAAACUCCAGUUUCCCAAGUCGUGGUUCCCAACAAUGCUCUGCUUAAGGAGGUUGAUCCUGCCACCAGAUUGAUAGAUGCACUGGAGAUGAUGAAGCAUGGCGUGAAGCGGCUCCUAGUUCCCAAAAGUGUUGUCUGGAAAGGCAUGAGCAAGCGGUUCUCUAUUCUGUAUAAUGGAAAGUGGCUCAAGAACAUUCAGACUACUGCAAAUUCCAACCAACCAUCAUCAUCUGCUUCCAGCAUCAUGAGGGACAAGUUCUGUUGCCUGUCGAGAGAAGAUGUUAUUCGUUUUGUUAUUGGGUGUCUUGGUGCAUUGGCUCCUCUACCCCUCUCCUCUAUUUCUUUCCUUGGAGCCAUCAAUCCAAACUACUGCUCUAUUGAAGCAUCCCGGCCAGCGAUAGAUGCCACCCAAAAGAUCCCUCAUGAUCCCUGUGCAGUUGCAGUUGUGGAGCCAACUAUAGAUGGACAUAGUAAGAUCAUUGGUGAGAUCUCAGCCACUAAAUUGUGGAAAUGUGAUUAUUUAGCUGCAGCAUGGGCACUGGUUAAUCUCUCUGCAGGCCAGUUUGUUAUGGGCGUAGAGGACAAUGUUACCUCAAGAUCGCUGCCUGAUUUCACUGUUAAUCCACUGUCUGCAGAUUCAAAUUUAGCUUCUCCUCGAAGAAAAUUAUUCAGCAGCAGAAGCAUUGGCUUCUUUAGCAACCCCACAAGCCCCAACUUAGGUGUUGCCAGGAGUAUGUAUCGGGGCAGAAGUGCUCCCUUGACAUGUAAGGUUACGAGUUCACUGGCUGCAGUCAUGGCUCAGAUGUUGUCACAUCGUGCUACUCAUGUAUGGGUUACUGAGGCUGAAAAUGAAGACAAAUUGGUUGGGGUGAUUGGCUAUGCUGAUAUCUUAGCAGCUGUCACAAAAGCUCCACCAUCCAUAGUUCCUGAGACACCGACAUCUUGAGGCUGUCUUAAAACACAUGCAUAAAACAAGGCCUUGCUUCUGCACACAUGGUACCUCAAGGAAAUUGAUAGUGAAGAAGUGAAGAAAUUAUCUUGUACGUCACUCUUGCCAUGGCAAUGCAUUUAAUCUGGGUUGUUUUCUGUUUGGUUUGGCAUCUUUUUCCUUAUGAUAGACAUACAGAUUGAGAUUGGUGUAUAUUGUGCUAGUGAAUGCAUACUCAAGUAACACAAUAAUGAGUUAAAUUUACUCUCUAGUGUUUGAAAUGUUGAUAGGGAAGAGUCAUGGAGAAUAAGAUUGCUAGCAAUUUCAGAGACAGCAUUAUGCUUCUUUAGUUGUGAAUCCUAUCUACUUCACAAA